CUUGUGCACGCUGGAAAUGGCAAGCUAGUGAAACAACGUGGAUAGUCAAAUAUUAAAGUGUUAUGUAUUAAAGUCGGAGUUGUCAGAGCUUUGGUGUCCCAUGUUUUCUUUUGCCUGGAUUUAAUAACUCGACUUCUCACCACGGCUGAAAGAUGGGAAAAGUACCCAAAAAGAGGAGCCUCGCCGACAAGGUCCGCAAAACCAAGACCUCCACUGAGAUCAAAAACAACCCUUUUGAGGUGAAAAUCAACAGGAAGAAGUUUGAAAUUCUCGGGAGAAAAUCCAAGCAUGAUGUGGGUCUGCCUGGUGUGUCUCGAUCCAAAGCCAUUAAUAAGAGAAAAGAAACCCUCCUGAAGGAAUACAAGCAGAAGGGCAAGUCCAGCAAAUUCAUUGACAGACGCUUUGGAGAGUAUGACACCAAGAUGGCACCGGAAGACAAAAUCCUGAAGAGGUUCGCAAUGGAGAGACAGCGCGUCUACGAUAAGAAGGAUGUAUACAACCUGAACGAGGAGGAAGAGCUGACUCACUACGGCCAGUCGCUGGCUGAGAUGGAGAAAUUCAAUGAUAUUGUGAAUAGUGAUGAUGAAUCAGAAGAGAAAGGCCUUUUGUCAGCUGAGCUGACGGCCUCUCACUUUGGAGGAGGAGGAGGUCUCCUCCGAAAGAAAACACCAGGGGAGCAGCAGGAGGAAGGAAACCAGAGGGCCAAGACCAGACAGGAGCUGAUUGAAGAGCUCAUCCAGAAGUCCAAGCAGGAGAAGCGUGAACGGCAGGUGCAGAAAGAGGAGGCUCAGGAGCUGACAGAGAAGCUGGAUCAGGAGUGGAAGAGCAUCCAAGCUCUGAUGGUGAAAAAGAUUCCCAAAGGUGAACGCCCUGAGGAGGAGAAGCCCAAGCCGGAAAAGUACGACAUGAUGGUCAAAGAGCUCGGCUUCGAGAUGAGGGCUCAGCCCUCGGAGAAGCUCAAAACCCCAGAGGAGCUCGCCCGGGAGGAAAGGGAGAAGCUGCAGAAACUAGAGGCUGAUCGUCUGAGGAGGAUGAUGGGAGAAGAAGUCGGCGAGAGUUCACAGACUCAGAUCCACAUGUCCGCUGAUGAUCUCAAUGAUGGCUUCAUACUGGAUAAGGACGACAAGAAGACCCUGUCUUAUCAGGAUGGAAAAUGGAACCUUAAAGAGGAGUCUGAGGAAGAAGAGGAUGAAGAUGAAGAAGAGGGAGAGAGUGGUGCGGAGGAGGAAUCAGAGGCAGAGGAGGGAGAUGGAGAUGGAGAUGAAGAGGAGGAGGAUGAGGAUGAGGAGGAGGAGGAGGAGGAGGAGGAGGAGGAGGAUGGGGGCAGCAGUAAAGAAGAAGACGGUCACUCGGACCUGGAGUCAGAGCAAGAAAGCGAUCACGAGGAGAACAAACAGGAGGAUGAAGAGACCGGUGCCAAAGCAAACAAAAGUCUGAGCAAAGAGGAACUGAAGGCCCAGCAGGAGGCAGCUAAAUCAGAGCUCCCGUACACGUUUACCGCUCCAGAGAGCUACAGCGAUCUGAAAAAUUUGCUCCGUGGCCACACCCCUGACAACCAGCGCCUAAUCGUGGCCAGGACUCAGAAAAGCAACCAUGCCAGUUUAGCUGUUGGCAAUAAACUCAAACUGCAGAAACUGUUUGGCUUUCUCUUGGAGUACAUCGGAGAACUGGCCACCAGGAGUCCGCCUGAACUCACCACCAUAGAUAAACUCAUACCAGAGUUGUACACUAUGUGUCAGAUGUUUCCAGAAGCAGCCUGCAAGGUCAUGCAGAGCAUCCUCGGAGAUGCUGGUCACAGCACGGAGGAGGCGCUUGAGGUCAAAGGACAUGUUGCCUUCCCAGCACUAGACAUGCUCAUCUACCUGAAGGUGACAGCCCUGCUCUUUCCCACAUCGGACUUCAGACACCCGGUUACGACUCCAGCGCUGCUUUACAUCAGCCAGGCUCUCACCAAGUGUCCAGUGAGGUCAUUACAGGACGUGACAUCAGGUUUAGUGCUGUGCUCGCUGGCAGUGGAGUAUGUCUCUUUUUCAAAGCGCUUCCUGCCUGAACUCAUCAACUUCCUGGCUGGAAUGCUGCAUCUGGCCGUGCAGGACAAGACCUCUCUAGAUUACACUGUAGUGCUGCCAUUUAGGCCGUCGGGGAAGUGCAGUGAUCUGCUGGUGUUGUCAGACGCGGAGUCCUGCAAGAGCUGGAGCAAGAAAAGUCUCCCACUGUCUGCGACCCAACACCUGGAGCUCAAAGAUGACCUCGACAGAGAUCACCAUAGAUUGAUGUGUCUGUCUACUUGCCUUGACCUGGUGAAGAGAUGCUGCCAGCUCUACAAAGACCUCGUGUCCUUUACACACAUCUUCCAACCAAUCAGAACGCUGCUUUCCAAACAUCUUUCAGCCCAAACAUUACCAGAGCAUUUACAGGAGCUUUGCAGUGAGAUCCUGGAGACCAUCAGCAGUGCUCCUGUGACUCACAGCCGACUGGUUUUAGAGAAGAAGAAGCCGAUUCCUCUAAAGCUGCUCACACCCAAGAUUGUAGAAGUGCUGGACUAUGGAAAGAAGCGUGGCAGCACCCGAGAGGAGAGAGAGAAGGAGAGAUUGAAGCACAAGUACAAGAAGGAGUUCAAAGGAGCUCUGAGGGAGAUCAGAAAGGACACGCGCUUCCUGGCCAGAGAGAAGCUCACUGAGGUCAUGAACAGAGAUGCAGAGAGGAAGAGGAAAGUGAGGGAACUCUUUGGCAGUUUGGCCACACAGGAGGGAGAGUGGAAGGCCCUGAAGAGGAGGAAGAGGAAGUGAAGUACAAAAUCUCAGUUUUUAUCACUUCUCUCUGUCAUGUUUCCCCUGUCAAAUGGACAUCUCCCAUCCGGAUGUGGAUAACAGCCUGUACGAGGCUAAAAUGUCAAACUGGGAACUGUUUUGUACUUGUUUUUUUUUAACACAAGAUGGAUAAAACUUCCUUGUCGCAACACACAUUUUAUACUAUUUGACACAUAGCUGUCAGUAAUACACGCCAAGUUGUCAAAUAUUAUGAUGUAGGCGUCUGAUAGGACGGUCAGAUACUGUUGGAAGUGUCAGUCGACACAGCAGUGAAUACUUGGUUUGCAUUUUCCUUUUUUUCCCACCAAAAUCACUAUAUUUUGCUAAAAUACAGAAAAACAAUAAAUGAAAGUAUCACUCUGUUCCCUCGCUCUCUAUCAACAGUAUAUUUGUGUUUCCAGUCACAUUCAGUAAAGUAAGAUUCUUGGUUAUUCCCACUAUGACAAAAAAGUCAAAUAUUUUUAUUCAAAUGCUCUGAUAAAGGGGGGUUGGUACAAAGGACCCUCUAAGGUCGGAGCUAUGUAUGGCUAAAAAAAUAAAAUCUGAAUGCAAAAAUGCAAAACACAAA